AUGGCCGACGGAGCGCCAUCGCACCUCCUCAGCCUCCCCCCGGAGAUCCGCGAGCAAAUCUACUCCAUCAUUUUCCACCCCGACAGCAACCGGCUCUCGCGCCGCGACGAAUACACCGACUACGACUACCGGGCAGCGCUGGUACUUUUCCGCCUCAACCAGCAGAUCUACUACGAGUCGCGCAAAGUAUUCCGCGACCUGAACGUAUUCGUGCGCAUCGAGACACCAUGGGCCGAAGCAGCCGAACACACCGCCAUCGUCGGCCACGUCCCCAUCGUGAUGCAAGCGCAGCGCGCAACACAAUUCCCGCACGCAAGCCUCGACAUCUCGGUUGAGGCGCCGUCGAUCUCCCUGCACCGCGAGGGCGAGGGCCGCACGCACCGGUUCGUGAUCCUGCUCGACGACCUCGAGGCCUUCACACAGUCGUGGUUCUACUCGAGCCUCUCGAACCCGGGCCUGAACCAGUUCCUCUCGACGAAGCUCCACCUGCGCGACCCGUACACGCCCGACUGGGAGGAGAAGCACAUCCCGCGGCAGGUGCAGCGGCGCAUGCUGGCGCCCUUCGGCGCCAUCAAGGGCUCGCGCGCCUUCACGGUGACGGGCGACCCGGCGCCGCAGCCGUCCCUCGUCGCCGCCAUAGAGGCCGAGCAGCGGAUCCCGGUCGGCAGCCCGGAGAGCGCGCUCGUCGAGGCCACGCGGCUCAAGGCCGAGGGCAACGCCCUGCUCACAUCCGCGGGCUGCGACGCAUCAUCCGUCCGCGCCGCGCUGGCGCUGUACCGCCGCUCCUGGGAGGCCAUGUACAUCGUCGUCAAGGGCCGCCAGCGGCACGUGCACGCCGAGGCCUUCUUCGCGCGCGAGCUGCGCGAGCCGCCGUACGAAGGCAAGAACGGCCAGGUCGAGCGGCUGGCGCUGCGCAUCCAGCUCGUCGCCAACACGUGCCUCGCGUACCUGAAGCUGCGCGACUGGGACGAGCUGCGCUUCUGGGGCAUGCGGACCAUCGCGCUGAUGCGCCAGGCCACGGGCGCGAACGACGAGGACGAUUCUGUAACGCCCGAGGACGAGGCGCUGUUGAGUUUUCCCAGCGCGGUGCAGGUCGGGAAGAUCUAUUAUCGGACGGCGGUGGCGUGGAGGGAGCUGGGGGAUCGGGCGCAGGCGAGGAGGCUGUUGAGGGUUGCGGCUGUUUAUUUGCCGCAUGAUAAUAUUGUUAAGACUGAGUUGGCGGCUUGUGCGUUGCAGAUUGGCUGA